CCGGAGAGAGAACAAGAUCCGUGCUCUCCAAAGGCACCAUGUAUUGAGGACCUCUUUCUCGAUUUUGGGAUCACUUUGUUACUCUACAACUACUUUAUACAUUCAGCCGUUUAGACAAGCGUCUCAAGUACCAUCUGCGCUCUGGAUUUAUUUUCAAUUCUUGCGAGCAAUAUGACUUCUCGCCUUCGCGGACGACAUGUCUCCUUUGGGCCCCAGGACAGUGAAGAAACGGCGCAAGCCGAGGACAGUGCUCCUACUCCAGCUCAAAUGAAUCUGACACGGUUAUUUGAACAGAAUCAGCAGAAGCAACAGAAGAAUAUGGCUGCUAAGGCGAAUGAACAUCCUCCCGAUGCGCCGCCUAAGGGAAAGCCAAGGUUACUACUUAUGGGACAGAGGCGGAGCGGCAAGUCAUCUAUCUCGAGCGUUGUCUUUCACAAGCUCCCACCUAGCGAAACGCUAUUCCUGGAAUCCACAGCACGGAUCCAGAAAGACCAACUGCCCUCGUUCAUGGACUUUCAAGUUUGGGAUUUCCCAGGCCAAAUCGACAUAUUUGAAAACCCAACAUUUGACAUGGACGCCAUGUUCGGAGAGAUCGGAGCCCUGAUCUGGGUCAUCGAUGCCCAGGAUGAUUACAUGGAGGCCGUAGCACGCCUCAAUGUGACCAUAUUGAACCUUCAGCAAACUUAUCCUAACAUCAAAAUCGAGGUGUUCAUUCAUAAAGUAGAUGGUCUAUCGGACGACUAUAAGUUGGAUAUUCAGAGGGACAUUACCAUACGGAUUCAAGACGAGCUCUCGGACCAUGGAUUUGAGAAUGCGCCCGUUACAUUUCAUCUGACAAGCAUCUACAAUCACAGUAUAUUCGAGGCAUUCAGCAAGGUCAUACAAAAACUCAUACCGCGCCUCGGAAUAUUAGAGGCCAUGCUGACCAAUCUUUGCCGUACCUGUCGUUUCGAGAAAGCUUACCUUUUCGACGUGACAUCCAAGAUCUAUAUCGCAACGGAUAGCGCACCAGCUGACAUGACGAGUUACGAGAUUUGCUCCGAUUACAUUGAUGUCAUAAUAGACGUCACGGAGGUCUACGGUAGCUGGCCACGCUCGGAGAAGUACCGCGAGGCACUGGAGGCGCCACCUUGGAGUCAGAAGAUUGAGGACCAGGUAGCAUCGAACUGGGCGGAAAGCUGUAUGGUGCUGAGUGACGGCAACAAGCCGAUCAUCUUGCGCGAGGUGGAUAAAUACCUAGCACUGGUGGCGAUCAUGAAGGAAGACAGCUACGACAAGAUGCCAUUGGUGAACAUGAAUGUGGAGGUCAUUGUGCAAGGACUCAAGGAGUUCUUUGACAUCACAAAGCCUAAAUAAAUGGCCGAGACGAACAAGGCUGCAUGGGGGUUUGUCCUCGUCGCCGCCGCUGGCAUCCUCGGAAUUGCUGUUGUAGGACAUAUUGCAAUUGGUAUUGGCUUGACUGAAGGUUAAUAUGGCGGAAUUAGGGCUUCGGCGUGCACUGCGGAAGAAUGUGGCGUUCACAACCAAAAUCAUAGUCGGUAUGACUUUGUAUACUAGUAAAAAUGGCAAAUCGGUCGGGUUCGGCAUUCUGGUCCUAGACUACCGGGACAUUGAGGUUCCCGGAGAAGGGAAAAGGCUCAGGUGAUUCAAUCAGUGUCGGCUUGCCAUCACUGGCAUGCGCCACCAGUAUCUCUACAGGUGUGCGUAUCACAGAGUGGAAGGGUCAUGGGUCGAUGAUUGGAAUCUCUAUCACAGCUAUUGAGUGGUGGUGUAGAGGCAACGCAGCCGCAAUGAAGAGACUCAGAUAUUAGGUAAAGAAAUCUGAACAACAUCGGCCGGAUGAGGCUUUAUAGACUUUGUGAAGGCGAUGCGCAGAGGACCCAAUCACAAUACGUAAUGGCGGGGCGUGGCAGAAGAAAGCAAGAUAUUCCAUUUUUCUCCAGGUAUUCUUAAGAGCUUUAUACAAAAUGGGGAUUACUGACAGAACCCC